UGUGUGAGUUGUGUUGUUUUAUUCACGUUGUACUUUUAUCACCGACGGUCGGUUUUCUUUCCAAACGGCGCCUUUGCGACUUUAUUGUGAACAUGGACUCCAGAGCUGUGAAGAAUCCCUAUCCAGACUACGAUGGCAGCACAUCCCAGCUGUUUGACUCCCAGGGGAAGCUCACACCAGAGUUCAGCCACAGACUGAGCAGCAAGAUCAGCGAGCUUCUCUCCGUCAUGGAGAACGGGCUGAAGUCUGCAGAUCCCAGAGACUGCAGCACGUACACGGGCUGGACAGGCAUCGCUCUGCUCUACCUGCACCUCCACAGCGUGUUCCAGGAGGAGUCCUUCCUCCACAGGGCUCUGGAUUAUGUCAGCCGCAGCCUGAAGUGUCUGACCCGACGCCAUGACGUCACCUUCCUCUGCGGGGAUGCGGGGCCGCUGGCUGUGGCUGCCGUGGUCUUCCAUCGCCUGCAGAGGGCGCAUGAGACCGACGAGUGCAUCAACAGACUGCUGCAGUUUCACCAGUCGGUGGUGAUGGGAUCGAGCGAGCUGCCGGACGAGCUGCUUUACGGUCGAAUGGGUUACCUCUACUCCCUCGUCUUUAUCAACCAGCAGCUGGGGCACGACAGGAUCCCCCUGCAGUACAUCCAGCAGGUCAGCGAGAGCGUGCUCGCAUCAGGCGUGCACCUCAGCAGGAAGUUCAGGGUCCAGAACCAGAGCCCUCUGAUGUACGAGUGGUACCAGGAGCAGUACAUCGGCGCCGCACACGGACUCGCGGGCAUCUACUACUUCCUCCUGCAGCCGGGCUUCGUCUCUGCGGAGGAGCACGUUCACAUGCUGGUGAAACCCAGCGUCGACCACGUCUGCAGACUCAAGCUCCCGUCAGGAAACUACCCUCCCUGCAUCGGUGACGACAGAGACCUGCUGGUGCACUGGUGCCACGGGUCGCCGGGCGUCAUCUACAUGCUCCUGCAGGCGCACAAGGCCUUCGGAGGAGCUCAGUACCUGGACGAAGCCCUCCAGUGUGGAGAAGUGGUUUGGGCCUGGGGUUUGCUGAAGAAGGGCUAUGGGCUGUGUCACGGUGCAGCGGGUAACGCCUACGCCUUCCUGGCUCUGUACCGGCAAACAUGGGAUCCCAAGCACCUCCACAGAGCCUGCAUGUUUGCAGACUGGUGCAUGAACUACGGCAAACACGGCUGCAGAACUCCUGACACUCCCUUCUCACUGUUUGAAGGCAUGGCGGGCACCAUCUACUUCCUGGCCGACCUUCUGCAGCCGAUGAAGGCGAGGUUUCCAGCCUUUGAGGUGUGAAAUCUUCCCCACAGAAGAAGAUCCAUCCUCCUGCUGUCUGUCGCACUCCUGCAUGGAAACACUGCGUCCAUCUGGGUAAAUAACAGAGACUCGACAUGAAACUCUGCGGCUGGCGUUGACUCCUGCUUCAUGUUUCUGCUGCUGUAAACUCUGUUCUCUCCUAAUUAUCUCUAAGACGUGUGAUAGCUGAGAGUCUCUUCGUGUGUAUUCAUUUAACUCAACAUUGUGGCGUCCUCUAGGGCCGCAGGAAACUCAUUUUGCUGUUUCAAAGCAGUAUAUUUAUCUUAUCCUGUAACUUUGUUCUGUUAAAAAUAAAAAUAGAUGCUUUGCGUUGAUUUUCUGUUGAUUUCUGUUGUCAUCAGUAAAGUUACUAAAUAAAACCCAGUCACGCUG